AUGGCUGCUAUAAUAUCUUCCAAUAACCAAGAUUUGAAUUUAUUGGUAUAUAAAGGAAAGUUUUUGUUAAUAAAAAACGUGUACAUUUUACGAGUAGUAGUAAUAGACGAUUCUCAUGAUAAGAACAUUUCAUUUUGCAUUCAGACUUGCUAUAAAGUCAGUACAAGAAUGGAAACACUUCUGGUCACUUUGGCGCUGCUCGCAGCUCUAAUCGCUCUUGUCUAUAAGUAUUUGACCUGGCAUCAUGGCGUUUUUAAGAAAUUAGGCUUGACUGGUCCGAAGCCGAAUAUAUUUUUGGGGAAUUUUCCUAGCGCGAUAACCGGCAAGCGGCCACUCGUCUAUGAUGUCGAUAAGAUUUAUAGCAAAUACAAAAGGACUAAUCGCGCUAUUGGCGUCUUCUUGACACGAAAUCCACAAAUUCUAAUUCUUGACCCGGAAUUGGCUCAGGACGUUUUGGUGAAGAAUUUUGGCAAGUUUCGUGGCAAUUUAGCGGCUAAUUGGAUUUAUGAUAGAAACGCAGACAAACUAGCUGCGCAAAAUCCGUUUUUUACGAGUGAUGAUUCAUGGAAAACGAAACGUGCUGAAGUUGUCACGGGAUUAACACAAAAUAAGCUAAGUUCGGCAUUUCCAAUUCUUAAAAACUGUGCUGAAAAACUAUCUAAGUAUCUUGAAGAAAAAACUGCACAAGGCAAUGCAGUUAUUGAAACUAAAAAUCUCGGCUUUCGUUUUACAUCGAAUGUUUUGGGUGAGUUCCUGUGGGGCAUUGAAACGAAUGCGCUUGCAAAACCCGAUGAACCGAAUAUUUAUCUACAAAUGCAAUCCAAGUGGCUGCAAUAUAUUUUUAAUUCAAUGGAGACUUACUUUAAAUUAUUGCUGUUACCUUGGUUGCGUCCCUUUGUACAAAAACGUGUGUUUCCAGAGGACACCAAUCGAUUCUUUUCUCAGCUGACCAAGGAUGCGAUCGCAAUGCGAGCCAAGAAUGUGGAUAGCCAGAAUAGUGUGGAUUUCCUAAACCAUCUGCGACAAUUGCAAGAAAAGAAGGCUUUAUCACAUGACGAAUUGGUCGGACAUAUACUGACCACAAUGCUGGAUGGUUACGAAACAUCGGCAACAGUGCUCUUUCACACAAUAUUUUAUUUAGCACAUCAUCCGGAAUAUCAGGAAAAAUUGCGAGCUGAAAUAUUGGAGAAUCUCGAAGAGGAUGACUUUGUAAGCUAUCAGAAACUGUGUAGUCUUCCUUAUUUGGAUCAAUGUGUUCACGAAUCUAUACGUUUGAUCACCGUUGUCGCCUUUUACGCCCGCAUUUGUACGGAGCCCACGGAACUUGAUGUCGGUAAUGGUCAGAUAAUACCGAUCCGUGUGGGCGAUGUGGUCAGUGUGCCCAUUUACUUUCCGAAGCCUUUGGAAUUCAACCCGGAGCGCUUCAACAAUGCGGCACAUGUGGACUUAAUGAAAAAGGGCAUAUUCAUGCCAUUCGGUAGUGGACCCCGAAUAUGUGCGGGCACGCACCUGGGCUCGGCGGAGGUCAAAACUUGUCUCACGUCUUAUCGCGUGAAAUGCUGUGCAGAAACUAUACCUGAAACGCGAUCGCAAUGCGAGCCAAGAAUGUGGAUAGCCAGAAUAGUGUGGAUUUCCUAAACCAUCUGCGACAAUUGCAAGAAAAGAAGGCUUUAUCACAUGACGAAUUGGUCGGACAUAUACUGACCACAAUGCUGGAUGGUUACGAAACAUCGGCAACAGUGCUCUUUCACACAAUAUUUUAUUUAGCACAUCAUCCGGAAUAUCAGGAAAAAUUGCGAGCUGAAAUAUUGGAGAAUCUCGAAGAGGAUGACUUUGUAAGCUAUCAGAAACUGUGUAGUCUUCCUUAUUUGGAUCAAUGUGUU